UAAGGCGAGCGUGCAGCUGAUUGCAUUCUUGAGUUGAACACGUGCAGAAUUGCAAGUCGGUGAAUGAACCAUAUUGAUUGAUUUGUCAAAAAAAUAGUAAAUAAAUAAACAAAGAUAAACAAAAAAAAAAAUAGAGAUCAAAUAAAGAAACGACAACACCUGUGUUAUUUUCCACAUCGAAUUUAGUGCUGAAAACAACAAACAAACACCUAAAUCAGGAUGGCUUUCAUGAUGCCCGUUGUUAAAAAUGAUUGGGACAUUUACAAGUCCAAUCGGUCGAGAAGAGUGUCCGAAUGUUCGAAUCCGUCGUCCUGUCGUUCCCGCAAGGUGUCCGAAUGCAAAUCAGAAGGACCGAGCCUGUCGACAUCACCUGGAAACGAUUUUAUCGUCACUUCUCCUACACAUCGCAGUGUGCCGGCAAACAUGUCUAGGCAGUAUUCAAGAGCGAGUUCUAGAACAUCGCAAUCGAGCCUCAUACAGAGCCCAUGCAAAAGUGCUUCGUGCUCUCCGCCAAAGAGCGGCUCACAGUCGAGUCUCAACAAGUUUCACAACAGACUCCUGGAUAAACUCAAGAGGUCGUUAAAGAGUAAGGAUAGUGACAACGAACGGACCAGUUCAUGAGAUGGCAAGAAGACCUCGCCUUCGCAGGAACACAACGCCUCCUAGUGCAUAUUUAUAUUAUCAUAUAUAUAUAUAUUUUAUAGACUGUGUUAUAACUUUCUUAUUACAGAUUUGUUUUUGUUUACAUUUUCAAAUAUGAUUUGAUUGUAUUGGGUCAUUGACACGGCCGUAGCUAACUGAACAACUACAGUACGUACAAGUUCAGGUCUAGCAAUCCUGUGAUAUAUCUCUCGUAUGCUCGCCCUUCCUUCCAAGAAGGGAAGCGAAUUACGAAGAAAAUCUAGUAGUUUUUAGCACGGUCGAGGGAAUAUUUCCGAUCUGCAUUGCGCAGCAAUGCCGGAACUUAAAGAAAUGAUCGAUAAAUCUAUAUUUUUUCAUAUUACAACAACAACUUUGAUAGCUGCAACUUGGGUGCAAAAAUGAAUUCGGAGAAUUAAUGUGGAAGUGGAAGAGUACAAGUUCACUAUUAAAUCGAAAUUAGAAUUAAUAAGCGAAAAUAACUAGUCGAAAUGAAACUAAAUUAAAUUUUACUGAUAAGACUGCAAGGAGGUAUCUUCACUAGCGAAAUAUUUAUAUACUUAUUAUAUAAUUAUAAGUUUUUAUUGUAAAGCGACUGCGAAUGUCUGUUAUUUUUGGUCUGCUUCGUUUUUAUGUUUGUUUUUUUGUUUAGUUCGGAUAUUGAACGCUUCGAAAUAUCUAUCUACCUAUAUAUUAUAUAUUGAUACUAAUCGAUUCUAGUUACAGGUUCUAUGUUGUAAAAGCUUCGCUUAGAGAGUUUCAAACCAAAAUUAUUCCGUACGUUCAUCACAAUAUAUAGUGAGAAAGAAAAUAUUCAAGCUUAUGUUC